CGGAAGUGUGGCGGUAACUACUCGGACUCAGUUAGCAUUGUAGCUCAAGUGAGUGGACGGCAGGUUGUUGUCGAGUCUUGACGAAGAAACCGUCGCUUUUCUGAUCCUUAAAUUUUGAUUACUAACCCUGUCAUUUGUGAGUUAUCCCCGCGUGUACUUGUCAUCGUCUGGAAAACACCGUGGUGAGUCUGAACUUGCGUGGGGCAGCGACUAUCCCAACUCGGGCUGAAUGGCUGAAGGCUCCUCAGACCCACCUGAGUUUGGACUAGAAGGUUUGGCUGUAUUAAAGACAAACCCCCACAAAUCCAGACGAGGGUAUCCCAGGCACAACAAUAACAACAACAACAGGAGCUUUAAUAGUACCAGUUUUGAUCCCUCUCAACACUUUGGCUACUUCUCUCAGGGCUAUCCUCCAUGUAAUCCUCAACAUGGCUUUUAUCCUCCUCACCAUGGCGAGCCGGCAACAAGAAGACGUGGGGGCGGAAGGAGGGGUGGAGAACGUUCAUGGUGGCAAAGGCCUGGAGCUGACAGGGUGCAAAACCAAGAGCAAUCUGGAGCUGGAGCUGACGGGCCGACCUGGAGGAGAGAAGCGGGGAGUUUUGAGGAACCAAACGAGAGCCGAGAUGUGAAAAAGGCCAAGAAGUUCAACCACGAGCCGAGGAGAGGGAAGGGACAUCACCUGCAGGAGAACAACAGAACAGUAGAUCAACAACAGCAGCAGCAGUUUGAGGACACCAAAACAGGGACGCUCCAGAGGAGCCGCAGUAAUCCUGAUCACCAAGUGGAUCAACAAAGCAACCGAAGACAUGGACCUAUCAAACCACCCAGACCUCAGGAAGACAUGUUCCUGGAGCAUGAGUUCAGAGGCCACGAGGGACCCACCAAUGGAUCACGUCAGGACUCGGUGCGCUCAAGAGGUCAGAGACGAUCUCAACGCCAGAGACCUAGUCAGAGAUCCCGGGAGAAGAUUCAUCAGAGCAAAGAGACACAGACCGGAUGUCUGAUCGAGCAGCUGUCUGAGGAGAAGUACGAGUGCAUGGUGUGCUGUGAUGUCAUCAAGCACAUGGCUCCAGUGUGGAGCUGUCAGAGCUGCUUCCAUGUCUUCCACCUGAACUGCAUCAAGAAGUGGGCUCGGUCCCCGGUGUCCCAGGCUGAAGAUACCACUGAAGGCUGGCGCUGUCCUGCCUGCCAGAAUGUUGCCCUGAAACGCCCAACAUCUUAUACCUGCUUCUGUGGUAAGGUGACCAACCCGGAGUGGCAGCGCAGUGAGAUCCCUCACAGCUGCGGCGACAUGUGUGGGAAGAAGCGAGGGGGAGACGACUGCACCCAUCCCUGCAACAUCUUGUGCCAUCCUGGUCCGUGUCCUCAGUGUCCGGCCUUCAUCACCAAGUCUUGCGUCUGUGGUAAAAUAAGUCAGCCGGUGCGUUGCGGUCAGUCGACCGUGCUCAGGUGUGAAAACGUGUGCAGCACGUUACUCAACUGUGGCAAACACACCUGCACAGAGGUGUGUCACAGCGGGCCGUGUCAGCCCUGUCAGCUGCAGGUUCAGCAAGUCUGUUUCUGCGGCGUCACCACCCGGGAGGUCCUGUGUGACGAAGGAAAAAAUGAAGUGGAGGGUUCGGGUCAGUUCUCCUGUGAACACUUGUGUGGAAAGAUGUUGAACUGUGAGACCCACCGAUGCCAGCAGCCAUGCCACCGUGGCCAGUGCGAGCCCUGCCCUCGCUCCCCAAGCAUUGUCAAGUCUUGUCCGUGCGGUCAAACCCAGCUGGCCAAACUCAUGGACUUGGGUUACUCGAAGCGACAGAGCUGCUCUGAUCCAAUCCCCUCAUGUGGGAAGACUUGUAACAAACCUCUGGCCUGUGGCUCCAAUGAUGUCAUCCACCUCUGCGAGAAGGACUGUCACGAGGGCAGCUGUGGGCCGUGUUCUCUGACUUCCACCAUCAGGUGCAGAUGUGGUGCCAACAUGAAGGAGGUUCCGUGUGCCUUGAUCCAAAAUGAAGAGGAUUUCCUCUUCACCUGUGAGAAGCGCUGCAACAAGAAACGCUCGUGCGGGAGACACAAGUGUGGCGAGUUGUGUUGUGUGAUUGUGGAUCACAAGUGCUCCCUUAUCUGCAGCUACAAGCUGAACUGUGGCCUGCACCGCUGCCAAGAGCCGUGUCACCGUGGUAACUGCGGACCGUGUUGGCAGUCAAGUUUUGAUGAGCUGACGUGUCACUGCGGGGCCACAGUCCUUUACCCCCCUAUUCCCUGUGGCACCAAGCCUCCAGAGUGCCGUAACCCGUGCAGUCGGAGACACGCUUGUGAACACCCCGUGUUUCACAACUGCCACAGCGACGAGAAGUGCCCUCCCUGCACGUACCUCACUCAGAAAUGGUGCAUGGGCAAACACGAGCAACGCAGCAACAUCGCCUGUCACAUCCAAGACAUCUCCUGUGGCCUGACCUGCAACAAUCUCCUGCCCUGCCAAAUCCACCGCUGCAAACGGAUCUGCCACAAGGGGGAGUGCUUGACGGAAGGAGGCUGCCAGCAGCCCUGCACGUUGGCCCGCCCGGACUGUGGUCACCCCUGCUCGGCCUCUUGUCACAGCGGAGAAGACUGCCCACACACGACCUGCACCGCCAAGGUGAUGCUACAGUGUAGUUGUGGUCGGAAGAAGGAGCCAGUGUUAUGUCCUGAAGCUGCCAGUUCAUACCAGAAACAUGCAGCCAUCGCCAUGGCCAGCAAACUGUCCGACAUGCAGCUGGGCGACUCCAUGGACAUCGGCCCUCUCCUCACCAAGAAGGAGAUCAAACAGACCAGGCUUGAAUGUGACCAGGAAUGUGCUGUGCUGGAGCGUAACAGGCAGCUAGCGCUGGCGCUGGAGAUCGACCCCUCCUCGGACCCCUUCAACACCCGCUCCACCUCUGUCUACAGCGACAGCCUCAAAGAGGACGCCAGAAAAGACCUGAAGUUCGUCUCUGAGGUGGAGAAGGAGAUAAAGAAUGUUGUGGAGCUCGCGAACAAGGGCAAACAACCCAAGCGAAGUCAUUGCUUCCAGCCCAUGAACCGAGAUCACCGGCGGAUCAUCCACGAGCUGGCCGAGGUCUACGGCGUGGAGAGCGUCAGCUACGACAGCGAGCCCAAACGCAACGUCGUCAUCACAGCUCAGAGGGGCAAGUCGACGUGUCCCAAAUCCACCCUGACGUCACUGAUCGAGCGAGAGACCACCACCAGGGCUCCUGCUCCCAUCGCUCAUAUCAAACAGCACAGCAGCAAGUCGGCUCCUGCGAGCAACUGGUCCAAGCUGGUGAAGGAAGAACCCGUCAUCGACUACUUUGAUGUCCAAGACUGACGCAGUUCAAUCGUUCAGUUGUCCAAAAACCGCUGAAAUUCCCCUUUAGUGGUCGCUGCUUUAAGCUCUUGUUCUCAAUCUGGUUUCACUCCCUCGCGUCCUCUUCAUGAGACGGUUCAGAUGUCCCUUUAUGUUCAGAGUUAUUGUUACUCCGUCCAGAACAAUCAACAUCACAAGCAAUUCGAGACUAAAUUGACUGAUCAGGACCUCGACUGUGUAGGAAUGAAUGUAUUCUGUACCUCUUCCUCUAUGCAAUGGCACCAAAUCAAUAAAACACUUAUUUUCCCACUGUUGUUAAUUUCUCGAAAUUGCUUCAGAAGAUAUUGCUGUGAA